AACCGAAUCGCAGACCCGCAACACAAGACUCACAGUUCGCAUUGCAUACUUUUUGGCGCGCAUCGAAAUAAACACACCAAUACGUACACCAAUACAACACACCAACAAACACCAUCAGGCUCGAUUGCUGCGAGUGUGUGUGAGUGUGCCUGUGUCUGUGCGAGAGUGCCUUCUAAAGUCGCCCAUCCUGCGAAGCGACAAAAUUUAUCAACUCUUGUGUCUGGGGUGGUAUGUGGAUAAAUUUUAGCCGCCAUGGAUCCCAGUGCUCUACAAAACAUGGAUCGGGACGCAUUAAAGAAGCAAAUCGAGAAUAUGAAAUAUCAGGCCUCCAUGGAGCGCUGGCCGUUAUCUAAAUCCAUAGCAGAAAUGCGCUCGUUCAUCGAGGAGAACGAGAAAAACGAUCCGUUGAUCAAUGCGCCGGAUAAGAAGAACAAUCCGUGGGCCGAAAAGGGCAAAUGCGUUAUUAUGUAAUAUUAUCGUAAACCACAGAAAUACCGCCAUAAUUAUGAUAACCAGCCAAACAAUAAUAAUGUAACCCAUUCCACGACUCAUACCACAACAACAAGAACAACAACAGCAACUGGAACAGAAAACAAUCCAUAUACCUUUGAGGCAAAGCCUCAACAUCACCAGCAAUUAGAUACCCCUAGCCGAUGUAGCAGCCAAGUUUUGGGGCAGGAUUUGGGUGAAUCCCCGGAUCUGGUGCCGGUAGAGAUGCAGCACUACAACAACAACUACUACUACUAUUACAACUACAACCUGAGCUAUGAGCCGCCGGUCGAUCGGUCGCUGGGCGGCGGGGGCAAGCGGAGCGUUCAACGUCUGCAGCAACUGGUGCGAAGGACGCGGUACGAGCUGCAGCAAUGGCCGCUACUGAUGCAGCUGCUCCUGUUCGUCCUUUGGCUAAAUGCCAAGUUCUGGCAGCUGGUCAACGAACAGGUGACCUACCGCCGCAGGAGGUGGCACUGAGUGGCGAAGGACAUCGGGUGUUGCUUGGUAUGAGUUCGAUCUAGGCUUAAGUUGUGAAAAUUAUGCCCACACUCUUACAAUCUCAUCUCAAUAAAAAUAAUCAAAAUUCGCUGCGUCGUGGAAGCAGCGAACUUCAGCAAAUGCUUCUGUGUGAACUUAGCCUCCCGAAACGAAUGCAGAGAAAACAGAGAAAAACAUCCUGAACACCCAGAAAACAACGAGUACGGGCACAAGGUACUCGCUACUCGUUACUCCAUCACGAACUCGAUUCAUCAUCGUGCGCUCCUCAUCGUUGUCGAUCUUUCGUCGUUCCUCUCUCGUCGUUUUAAGCUCGUCUAUUUUACUUCUCUACAACUCUACUCGCUCGUUCAUCCCUCUUCGUUCUUUCUAGCUAUCGUUCCUAGUCGUUUUUGCAUGCCAUACAUUCUUAGAAGUUUCUGUUUUAUAUCGCUAUGUAUUUCUUUGCACACAUUAUCAUCGACAUCGCAUUCCAUCAUCCAAUCCCACCCGAACCAAAACCAAACCAAAAACAAAACAUAGUAGUCGACAACGCUAAUUCAAUCAUAUCAGUCAUAAACAAGAAUAUGGGCACGCGCCUUGAUAAAUGUAACCCACCCAUCAUCAGUAGAGUCAACAAGAAGCCUUAGAAACGCCCUCGAAUCCCAUGCGAAACCAAAAGAUCUACCAACUUUUAUAAAGGGUUUCUCCUGCAAAGCUUGUCUAAAAAACUACCCCCAAAACGGUUAAUUGAUCGAAAUAGAUAAUACUUUGUUUAGAGAAAACUUUUUCACCAUUCAAAAGAAUGCGAUUAAGAUCAAGGGCUAACUCUUUAAGUAGAUUCGUAUUUUGAGUAGCGCUUUUUUAUUUGGUAGCCAGGCAAACGCUAACCAAACAGAAAUUCAAUUGUUUUACUUAAUUAAACAUAUAGUAUAUACGAAUAUAUGGAUAUUAUAAUUUUAUAUACAACAUACUUAUAGUUAUAUGCUAGGCAAACGAGCUAUUUAAAGGCAGACGCUGUAGUUACUCGAGGAUGAUAAUAUUAUAUUUAGUUUUAACAAAUAUGUUUACGAUCAACUAGCGGGACAUUAUUAUAUACGCAGACAACAUACACAAACACUUAAAAACCAUAUAAGAACAACUAACUAUGGAAGAAGACCCAAAACAUUUUUAUGGAUCAUAGAUGAACCAGCUUAGUGAAAACUUUAGAGAGAUCCACAAAAGUCAGCUGAAACUUUAUAUGUUAUAUGCGAAACGCGGAAUGGACUUGACAAAACAAAACGAACAAGAGUAAACUAUAUUAUAUUAUUAACUAUUAUAUACAAUAUAAAAAGGGCGAGCCCCAGUGGUGGUUCCCAAAAAACAAGGCGCUGUUCAGCUGUUUGAAGAAAAUUCAUAAAAAUAUCUAGCAAAGACGAUUUAUGAGUUUACGUUAAUAAAAUACUAAGUUCAGCUUAUCGCUAUGAUUUCCAUUAAUAAGUUAAACAUAUGUUUUUACCAUUAAGAUGAACAAGAAGAUGAAAAGAAAAAGACAACAAUCAAAACACUUAAACACAAUACAUUCAACACGAUACAUACUUGAAAUUAGUGAAACGACAAACUGAGGUUACAAAAAAAAAUAAAUAAAUGAAACAGAAUCUUAAUGAAAAAACUUCAAUUAUAUAGCGACUAAAAUAAACACAUUAAAUGAUAAUGUUAAGUUGAGAAACAAUGUAGCAAAUUGAGCAGUGAGCGUAAAAUUAAUUAUAAGUAAGUCGCGCAAAAGUCUACAAAAACUCCAAUUACAACAAGCAGAAAAGGAAACUUACAAAUAAGCAGCAAACGAUGCAGAUGAAAGCCAUCGUAAGGCGAGAAAACAAAUGAAUAAAAAGAGACGAGAAGUUCCGCAGAGAAUAAGAUGCAUCAGAAUACAAUAGCUUACGAAACAGAGGUAAAUCGUAAGGAAAUCAAGUCAUGGAGCCCAAGUUCCAACAACGAACCUUUUGGCCGACAAAACGAUGUGGAAAUGGAACACGAUUAGGAUUACAAACAGCACAAAGUAGCAAUCCGCUACGUCAAGAUCGAACAUCAGACCAUCAGAGGGCGAGAACACAGAAGCUGCAUCCCAAAAUUGAGCAGAACAAACACACAAAACUAAAAUAAGGUAUUGGUGGUUACAAAAAAAACGUAUAUAAAGCGAUAUAUUAUGUACUCAUUCGACGAAUUGGCAUAUAGGGAAGUAAAUGAAAUGGUUUAGUAAAGUAUAAUCAAAAGGCUUGAAGACUGGCAAUGACCUAACACCAUUGUCAUGCUUCACAGACCGGUCGAAUGCCAUUGGAUGUGAAACAAUCAGUGUGGCCAGACCUCACUUGCAUGCUUCAUAUCCUUCAGGUGUCUACGUCUGCUUGGAAGUUAAAAUCAAAGCAUGAAGUUCAAGUUGAAUAAAUAAAUAAAUAUAUAUAAAUAUAUGUAUAGUCUUGUACGCAAGAGCAGUUCAGUUUUGUGCCCCAAGCUCAGUUCAGACUGAUGACUUUUAGCCAGUUCCAGUUAGGUUCCACGCGGAAUUGUACAUGCGUUCAAGAGAACACUAAGCACGCUGAGUAGCCGAGCAUGGGUCUCGGUAAAAUGGGUGUGAGGGUGUCGCCAAAAUUGAACAAGUGUCGCCGACCAGAUAAGGAGAAGUUCUUGAGAAGUUUCCUUCGAUUAGAUAACAUACGAUUUUCCAACAGUUUCGACUGGGUAUGGGGCACCGAAAAAGCUCGUUCGAAAGGUGUUCUAGCACUUUGACAGUAUUUAAUCGAAAAUCGUUAAAUAAUCGCAUUAGAAUUAGGCAGAAAAAUGCAAGCCAUAGAAAAAUUAAUGUUGAGGGUCAUUUGUGAAAGGAUAGACGGAAUGAUGGAAAUGUUAAGCAGAGGAUAAAUUUAAUCAUUUUCCAGCAAGUUUAGGCAUUAUCAUAUGCAAUUAUAUAAAUGUUAAAAAUAAAAUUAACUAUUAAAAUCUAAAUAUAUAAAUAUAUAUGCAAUAGAAAUAUUACACCAACCGUUAUUGCAAGUUAAAUGAAUCGACGCGAACUCAAUUACUGAAUCUAGCAGAUAAGUGAAGGCAGUGGACAAUUGCACAGGGGCAGAAGUACAGUAUGUGCCAAAAGCUGCGAUUACCGCGUGCUGCCUUGAGCAGAGGACUAGCGAUGUCAGGCCAAAGUCGAACUAGGUAAAUACAAAGAAGACGAUUGUCUAGGCGCUAAGUUGACGUUACAGUUCAUUGAAAGUGUUUAAAUUAUAUAUGGACAAACCAGUAUAUUAUCGAUUAAAGAUUAACUCAAUAUUUACGAUACGCCUUAUGGCAAAUAUUACUAUGUGUAUUUAUUAAAUGUGUGUACUAUUUACCAGUAAAAAAAAUUAUUGUUACAAUUUAGGGUAUUAAGUGACGUUAUUACUAAGAUAUAUGGACAUAUAGAUUACGAUUCUAAAACUUAUAUGAUAUGAUUGAUUCUUAAACUUGUCGAAUUGCGAACUCAGACAAACAAAAUCACGGUGCCGAAUUACAACCAAGGCGAAACCAGAAACCAAAGCAAACCAAACAAAACAAUUAUAAUUUAGAAAAAAAAACAAAACCAAAGCUAAAUCUAGUUAGUAAGAGAAUUUUAACGCAGCCAUGCAAAAACAAACCACACGAAUAGGUGAGAGAAAGGAGUACACUGGAAGAAACCAAACACGAAACUCAAAUAGUAUGAUAUAACGAACAUGUAUUUAGCUGUUAAAAACAUCUACUAAAAAACCACAGUAAGCAAGAGGCAAAGAGCUAAAUUGAAAAACAAACCAUAAGUAUGAUUAUCAUUAAAGGAACUUCUCUAAAUAAAAGUAAACUUUGAAAAUCCUUAGCGGAGAAAAA